AUGCCGUCCAUCCUGAGCGACGCUGACAAAGAGACGGUCAAGCGCUGUGUGCCGAAGCAGAGCAACAAGAUCCAGGCGGUUGCUGUUGCGCGGUUGUACGUGGCGUAUCCGAACCGAUCGCGAUGGAAGUACACGGGUCUGCAGGGGGCAGUGGUGCUGUGCAACGACCUUGUGGGCAACACGUUCUGGAUCAAGAUGGUAGACAUAUCGGCGGGCAGCCACGGGGUGAUAUGGGACCAGGAGAUCUACGACUCGUGGCGGUACAACCAGGACCGCAUGUUUUUCCACACGUUUGAGCUGGAGGACUGUCUGGCGGGCCUGUCCUUCUCGGACGAGAAGGAGGCCAAGCAGUUCAAGAAGAAGAUGGACGACCGCGAGAAGAAUGCGAGCAAGGCGACGCGGGCAACGCCGUUUGGCGGCACGGUGCAGAGUCAUGGGGGUGGUGCAGCGGGCGGCGGAGCGGUCAAGCACUCGCUGCUGGGCGGGCUGUUCCACCGACACGCGACGACGCCGCCGGACUCGCCGCACGCGAGCGGAGCAGCAGCGAACCCUUACAGCACGAACGGAAACGGAAAUGGAGCAUCGGCACAGCAGACGACGCCAUCCGAGUUUGCCACACUGGAGGCGUUUGACCAGAACUGGCGGGUCAACUUUGGCGACGACCUGCGGCACAAGGGGCUGACGGACGAGUUUAUCCGCGAGAACCAGGAUUUUAUUGUCGAUUUUCUGCGGCAGCAGCAGACAGCCAACGACGGAUCAGCAGGCUCUGGAGGCUCUGCAGCGCCCAAGCAGGCUGCACCGCCGCCACCGCCGCCAGCGGCAGCGGCAAGUGGACCGGGCACACGGGCGCCGCCACCGCCUCCGCCUCCGGCAGCAGCAGCCGGAGGAUCGCGCAGCAAUGCAGACUCGGGAGGCUCGGCGAAGCGGCCAGGCGGACUGCCACCACCGCCACCGGCACCUCGGCGUAUGGGCAAGGGCGAGACGGCGUCGACAGCGCAGACAUUGGAGGCGGAUCGAGAUCGUGAGCCAUCGCCACCGCCGCCACCACGGCCACGGUUUGCGGUACCGCCACCGCUUGCGGAUGCCGGUAAGUACGCGCAUUCGCAGCCGUCGCCCCGAUCGCCGCGUCACGUGACCUCGGGACCAGGACCAGCACCGCCGCCACGACCACCCAAGACAGCGAUGGAUGGCGAGGACGCGGGCAACAACGGCAACGGUCCGCAUCGCUUUGGUGUGCCACCGCCAUUCCCAGGCCAGCGUCCAGUGCCGCCGCCGCCAGCCAGUCGAGGAGCAGCACCUGUGGUAUCGUCACGUGACUCGGGGCCAUCAUCUCCACCACCACCGACGCCUCCUCGCGGGUCUGGUGGGCUCUCGCACAGCAACUCGCACGGCUCGUCAUCGCGGCCAGUGCCGGUACCACCACCAGCACCGCCGACACGCAACAGCGGCCACUACCAGCCAGCAGCAGCAGCACCACCACCGCCACCACCGCCGCCACCGGCUCCGGCUCCUCCGGCACAGCCGAUGUCGACGACGUCCUACGGUGCUCCGGCCCCCGUGGCGCCUCCUCCUCCACCGCCACCACCACCACCGCCAAUGCCAAGUGCCGGAGUACCACCACCACCACCACCACCUCCUCCUAUGCCCAUGAGCAGCGCGGGAGGACCAGCGGCACCGCCACCAGCACCUCCUCCUCCUCCUCCUAUGCCCAUGGGCAGCAGCGCAGGAGGGCCAUCGGCACCGCCACCACCACCGCCUCCACCACCACCUCCGGUUGGGGGCGGCGCAUCGUCGCUGCCAGCGCCUAGCCAGGGCAAAUCGGCGGUGCUGGCGAGCAUCCAAAUGGCAGGCGGGAUUGGAGCGUUGCGUAAAGUGGACCGAAGCCAAAUUCGGGACCGCAGUGCAGCAACAAUGGGUGGCAGCACGGACACGGGGCCACACGGCAGCGGACUGCCGCCAAGCGGGGCAGCAGCAGGUGGCGGAGGCGGUGGCAUGGCCGACGCACUCGCUCUUGCGCUGCAGAAGCGGAAGGAGAAAGUCAGCGCCAGUGACGACGAGGCAGACGAUGACGACUGGGACUAG